GCCUGAGUCAGGUGAGUCACUGCCGGAAACGCCCCCAGAGCGCGCGGAGGCCACCCCCGCAUCUCCAAUACCCCCCACCCCCAAGAUCGGCGAGUCCUGGACCAGGAGGCCGGAUCCCCGCCCCGCGCCCGCCCCCAGCACCGCCUUCCCGGGACGCAGCCAGGCCCGCAGCGAGAGCUGCGGGGCCGGGAAUCCAGUACCGGGGAGGCCCCAGCCGGCGCCCCAGGCCCCAGCAACGCGAUCUCCGCCCGCACCGCGACUCAGAACCGCUCCCAUCAGCGGGAUGUGACACCGCGCCCGACCCCCGAGCCUCCUCGGGGCCCGCUCAGGAGAAUAUGAAAGUUUUACUCGGACUUGUUUGUUUCACAACCCUACUGAUUUUUUCUCUGGAGGCAGAUAAAUGUGAGAAUAAAGAAGAUAACAUUAUUUUGACUUCAUAUGCCAAUGAAAUUGAUGUUCGUUCUUGUCCUCCUACCAAAGUAAAUAAUGCUACUAUAAUUUGGUAUGAAAAUGACAGCAUGACUCCUAUAUCUAUGCAAAGAGAAUCCAGGAUUCAUCAAUACGGAGAUAAACUUUGGUUUGUCCCUGCUAUGGUGGAGGACUCAGGAUAUUACUAUUGUGUAGUAAGAAAUUCAACGGACUGUAUCAAAUUUAAGUUAAAUGCAAUGUUUGUGAAGAAUGAGUCUAAUCUGUGCUACAACACAGAAGCUUUAUUUGAUCAGAGAAUGCCUGAGGCAGUGGCUGGACCCCUUGUAUGUCCUCUUGUAAGCUUUGUAAAAGAGGAACAUUAUAAUUCCCACCCGAUGCAGUGGUUUAAGGAGUGCAAACCUUUGCUUUUGGGCACUGGAGACUUUGAUGGAAUUGUAAAUAGACUUAUCAUAAACAAUGUGACUCCUGCACAUAGUGGGAUCUAUACUUGUCGUGGAUCAUAUAAGCACUUGGGGCAGCAAUAUUUUUUCACUCGGGCUAUACGAUUUACUACUACACCGAAAAUAAUCCACGAGUUAAAAAUUGAGAGUCCGGCCAAUGAGACCAUGGAAGUGGAAUUGGGAUCCCAGCUACAACUUUUCUGCAAUGCCACUGGCCGAAGGACUGACCAGGUCUACUGGAGGUGGAAUGGGUCACUUGUAAUUGACAGUGAAUUACUGAACACUAAUUUUAGAUCAGUGAAGAAUCAUUCAAACCAAAUUUACACAAACAUUGUAGAACUUAACAUUUUAAAAAUGGAAGAAAAAUUUUAUAAAUAUCCAUUUAUCUGUACAGCUAGACGUUCAUCUCUUAGGGAUACAGCAUAUAUUCAAUUAGUACCUCCAGUUCCUGAUUACAAAAAGCCCAUUAUUGGCAUAUUUGUCAUAUUGACAGUAAUGGCCAUAUGCUCUGUUAUCAUCUAUAACAUCUUUAAAGUUGACAUUAUACUUUGGUACAGAGAUUCUUGCUAUAAUUUUCUCCCUAAAAAAGCAUCAGAUGGGAAGACCUAUGAUGCUUACAUACUAUAUCCAAGAAUGCUCGAGGGAGGAUCCACGUCUAAUUUAGAUAUUUUUGUGUUUAAAGUCUUGCCAGAAGUUUUGGAAAAACAGUGUGGAUAUAAACUAUUUAUUCAUGGAAGGGAUGAUAAUGUUGGGGAAGACACUUUUGAAGUCAUUAAUGAAAACAUAAGUAAAAGCAGAAGACUCAUUAUCAUUUUGGCUCAAGGACUGUUAGGAUUUAGCUGGCUGUGCAGUUCAUCCGAAGAGCAGAUAGCAAUGUACAGUGCUCUCAUAAGGGAAGGAAUCAAAAUUCUCCUGGUGGAGCUGGAGAAAAUCCAUGACUAUGAAAAAAUGCCCGAAUCCAUUCAGUUCAUUCAACGAAAGCAAGGGGCCAUCUGCUGGUCAGGAGACUUUGAAGUGGAGGCACAAUCUGUGAAGACAAGAUUCUGGAAGAAGGUCAGGUAUCACAUGCCAGUUUAG